CGCUGCCCCUGUUUGAAGCCUUCGCCCCCUGCACCCUGUCUCUGGGAAGUCGCCCCCCUCCGCUCCGCAGGCUGGAUGCCUUGCUCCACCGCUGAUAAUGGGGGAUUUCUAUGAUCCAGAACACCCUACCGAGACAGAAAAAGAUGAUGAGACGGCACAGGAGGAAUCGCAGAGGCCUCCUGACCAACAGUCUUUCUCCCUGGAUGACGACAGAGAAGAAGAGAACGAGGCCAAGAAUGAGGACUCGUCAAAAGCGUUCAGCAAGUCAGCGACCACGUUUAAGGGCAUCUCCUCAAGUAGAUUUCUACCUAAAGGAACCAAGUCGCAGGUGAACUUGGAAGAGCAGGGGAGGCAGAAGGUCUCAUUCAGCUUCAGCUUCACAAAGAAGACCUUGCAGAACCGAUUACUGACCUCUUUAGUCAAUGACAAGCAGAAUGAGUCGCAAACUAACCCGCCCACGCUCAGCGCCUCGGAGCAAAUAUCAAAGUUUAAGAUGGACUUUGUGGAAUCCACUGGCGGAGCUGUGGAAAUUUCUCCACCAAAGCCCAAGGUGGAACUGGGAAAAAUUCAUUUCAAAAAGCAUCUUCUUAGUGUUACAAACAAGCUACCAGCACCACAGCCCCCGCCGCCUCCUCCUCCACCACCACCACCACCUCCUACAAUACCUGCACCCACAUCCCCCUCCAAAUCACCCCAAGAGUCACAGUUGGAAAGCAUAAAGUCUUUAACAGAAGUUGAAGUAGCACCCUCUGCAGCCAGCACCUCUUUUGCAAAGUCACUGGUGAAAGAACCCACAGGCAUAGUGUCCUCAAAAAAACUGUUGUCACCACCGCCAUCAGCAAGCAAAGCUAGCCCUAAGGACAGUAAAGAGUGUUCUAUCAUUUCUGUUAUACAAAGCACUCAGGCGGUUGUCGACAAAACAGAGACAACUGUGUUGAAAGAAUAUUCCCAUAUUGGGAAGGAAGAUAAGACUUCAGCCUCUGUACAAAGCAUCAAACCCCAUCCUAGCCCUGAAAAACCGAGAUCAAAGUCGUCUCACUCAGAAACUAUGGUGGUUGGUUCAGAGUCUGACGGAGAUUCUGUGCAGACCUCCUCAAGCCACCGUUCCCAUGAGCUAAAACUAGCUUCAAGUAGAGAAAGAGACUUAAAAAUAAGCUCCAUGUCUUUAAGAAGUGAGGACAGUGGGAAAUAUUCUUCCUCAAGAUCAAAGUCUGGAAAGGAUCAGAAGUAUUCCAGGUCCGACAGAGAUUCCAAAUACUCCUCUUAUUCUCAUUCUAGGUCAGACCGUGACAGAAGAAGAAGCAGGUCCCGUUCCAGAUCACAAUCGAGGUCUAGAUCUGACCGAGAUCCGAGAAGUAGCUCGUCGUAUUCUAGAUCUGAACGUUCACACCAUUAUGAGUCUGAAAGAAGGUACCAUAAAAGUUCGCCUUACAGAACGAGAUAUUCGCGUUCCUAUGCAGACAGCAGAGCCCGGGACAGUUCUGAUUCAGAAGAUGAUUAUCGAAGAAACUAUUCCAGGUCAGGAGAUUCCAGGCAUCCUUCAUCCUCUUCUCAUUCCUAUAGAGAAACAAGGACGUCAUCCUCUUCAUAUUCAAAAUACGACAAAGAACCCAAGUUUGAUUCGAGUUAUGAUUCUGAUCGCAGAGGGAGGACCUCCUCCGGCAGAGCUGGGAAAGAUGUCAAGUCUCCUGACAGAGAAUCUUCAAGAAAAGGUUCUCCUCCAAAAGAAACCGACGGUAAAUAUGGCUCUUCACACUCGCGUGUAGGCAGUGGAGCUAGUUUUAGCGUAAAAUCAAGUUUGCCCAAAUUUUCAGAUUCCCAAACAGAGUCUGUGACCUCAGGAAGAAAAAGUUCUAAAUGGGACCUGGAGGAAAGGCCUUUACCAAAAGAGGAGCGCAAAGUGAGCAAAAAAUAUGAGACCACAUCACCGGAUGUACCCAUCCACAAGAAGAGCCGCAUGGCUGACAAGAAAGCAUCCUCUCUUCUCCCUUCUAAACAGGAGGCCACUUUCUCCAUCGAAACUGAAUUUGCUAAUUAUUUUGAUCCUAACACUGAACAGUUCGUUGAUGACAUUCGAUGUUACAGUCCCGGUCGGACCAGUGACGAAGAGCUCUCUCAUGGUCAGGCUUGGCAUUUUGUUACCUUGAGUUCUACAGAAAAUGUUCUCACAGACGAGCCAAACGAAGCAUCUGACUCCGAAGAUUGUGUCUCAGACGUCCCCUAUACUGACGGGUUGAAUAUAUUUAGUUCUAUCAUUUGCAAUGAAGUCGCAUCACAUGAUACAUCUAAAGAGGAUCAUGGGGCACAGCCACCCUGUAAACUAGAUGUAGUCUCUCAAGAGAACAAGAAAACCCCUCCAAAUGAAGCUAAGGGCUCCGAGAAUGUAAAUCCUUUGUCACCGACUGAGUCGAAAUUCAGCGUCCGAAGAAAUCUUACCAAAGACUUGAGUCCUUGUCAUGAGUCAGGCGAAAUGGACUCUAAAACUGACCCCAGAGAAGACAACCCUAAUUUCCUGGGUUCAGGUCAGAUCAGUGACAAUCAUACUUCUGUAACAGACGUUCAGUCUGAGCCUCAAAUAAUAAAUGUGGUUUCUGAAAAGCCAAGCAUACCAACAACCCUCUCGGAGCGUGAUUUGCCUCAUGAAACUAUGACCCCAUUUAUAGAGAGCCCUCCACCAGUAAGAGAACCAAGUCCAAUAGAAAACAUGGAAUGUGAUAUGGAUGGCAAAGACAUCGAAAGCCUACAAGAAGAAGCCCCAUCUCCACCAAAUUCUUUGCUGAGCAGUUCUUCAGCAAAUGAUGAGGAACAAAAUGAAGAAUCUGCUGCGGCUGCAUCCGAAGUGAUGGAGCACCAAACGGGAAAGGAUGAUUCUUCCAUGGAGGAACUCGACAAGCCGGAGGUUUGCCCGCUUGAAGUCGAAGAGGAGACAAUAGUAAAUGAUGAGUUACCCUCUGACGGUGUGAAGCCUUCUGUGAACUUCAUUAGUGCUGUCCAAGCUUACUAUUCUGAUAGUGAAGAAAGCGAGAGCAAUGAGAGUGAGUCGGAGGACACCGAUUCUGAUGACAGCGGCCUCCCCAGGAACCGUUUGCAAUCAGUGGUGGUGGUUCCUAAAGCCUCUACCUUAACCAUGGAAGAACCUAAAAUGUCUCCAGUAACUCCGGAAGACGUUCAGGCGUCUACCUUGAUGGUGGAAGAAGUGGAAAUGUCUGCAUUGACCAUGGAAGUUGCUAAAACUUUUACAGUUACCAUAGAAGAUGCAAAACCAGCUGUUUUAAUCAUGGAUAGUGCUAAAAAGCCUGCAAUGACCGUGGAAGAUGCUAAACUUUCCACAAUAACCGUGGAGGACCUUAAACUAGCUGCAGUGACCAUGGAAUCUGCUAAACCUUCUACGUUAACCAUGGAAGAGACUAAACCAGCUGCUGUGACCAUGGAAGGUGCUAAACCAGCAGCAGAGACCAGCGAAGAUGCUAAACUGUCCACAGACGAUGCCAAACCAUCUACAUUAAUCAUGGAUGAUUCAAGCUCCUCUCCACUGCCCGUGGUGGAUGGAAAACCAUCAGCAUUAUCCACUGAAGAAGCUAAAGAGUCAACGUUACUCGAGCAAGGUGCUAAUCUGUCUACAGACCCCAAAAUGUGCAUAUUAACCAUGAAGGAAGAUAGUCCUUCACUGUCCCCAGUUCUCUCGAGUUACAUAGAGACCCUCGAUAAUAAAGACGAUGAGCCUCAAGAGAACAGAUCAGAUGCACAAGUUCCAAGACCUCCGGUGACUGAUACACCAGUAAAAGAGGUCCCCACACCAGAAGUAAAGGAUGCCCCCCCUCCACAAGCGACUCCAGAUGCAUUUCAAUCUUCAGAACCAGAGCUUCGGCCUCCCCCUUCUGACGCAGAUGUCAGCACCAGCCACCCUGUACCCAUGAAACCGAAAAACAAAGGCAAAGCCUUGAUCGAAAAUAUUGCGGUCCAAGAGACUCCCAAACCCAGCCCGGCCAAACCAAUUCCUAAGGAGCCAGAAGAGCCUGCAGCACCUUCCAAUUCUGCCAUAUUCGAAAAGCAGGUGGUGAACUUUGUUGAGAAGCCAGACAGUAGACAUCAGGGGUCAGAGUACAGUCAGGGCCCAGGACCCGGAGACUAUUCACGAGUUGAUGGGUUCCAGGCAACAGAAGACUUGUCUGAUCUAGGGUGGGACUUCUCUCAGCCAGAAAAGCCGACUAGCACCUACCAGCCCCCGGACAGUAGCUACAUGUACUUCAGUUACCAGCAAGGAAGCGGCGCUCACGAUCCUUCGCACAAUUACAUUGGUGACAAUGGGUAUUGGAAUUCCGGCUACCACCACAACCAUGACUUCAAAUAUGAGAAGACAUCUGGCCAGGUUCCUGACUCUGUUACAAACUGUUAUAAUGAAGACGACGAUGAUGACGAUUACGAUUUUGCCUGGGAUAAGGAUCACAUGCAGGAGUUUGGACACCAUCCCAAACCUUUACAGGAUCAGUUGAGGGAAAGCGGCUCCGUGCAAGCGCACGAGAUCAGCAGCAAUUCCGUAAAGGACAACCUUCCGCGUCCGGACAAGAAAGAGCCGCUGGCCAGGGACCGUUCAGACAUGAAAGAGCGAGGACCGCCCAAGAAACGGAGGCAAGAGUUAGAGAGUGACUCGGAGAACGAUACGGAGGCUCUAGAAAGAAGGAAAAUGAAGGCUGAGGCUGGUGUAGGAGAUCCGCCAGCCUCAAACCAAGGCAAGGCGGGCACCAUCUGCCGCAUGGAGGACUUCAGGGACCCUCAGCACUGGAAGGACGGCUACAAAGUGGGGAAGAUGCCGACUUUCUUCAACCUCAUCGAAGAGAAUUUCUAUCUCACAGAGAGGAAGAAGAAUAAGAGUCACCGGGACAUAAAGCGGAUGCAGUGCGAGUGCCCGCUGCUCUCUAAAGAGGAGAGAUUGCAGGAGGAAGUGGCCUGUGGGGAAGACUGUCUGAACCGUCUCCUCAUGAUUGAGUGCUCAUCGCGGUGCCCAAAUGGCGAGUACUGCUCGAACCGGCGAUUCCAGAGGAGGCAGCACGCCAACGUUGAAGUCAUCUUAACCGAAAAGAAGGGCUGGGGUCUCCGAGCCGCCAGAGACUUAAAACCGAACACCUUUGUGCUGGAGUACUGUGGAGAGGUUCUGGACCACAAGGAGUUCAAGGCCCGUGUCAAGGAGUACGCCCGCAGCAAGAACAUUCACUACUACUUCAUGGCGCUGAAAAAUGAUGAGAUUAUAGAUGCAACCCAGAAAGGUAACUGCUCGCGCUUCAUGAACCAUAGCUGUGACCCCAACUGUGAGACCCAAAAGUGGACAGUCAAUGGGCAGCUCCGAGUGGGAUUUUUUACCACCAGACUGGUUCCAACUGGCGCUGAGCUGACGUUUGACUACCAGUUUCAGAGAUAUGGCAAAGAAGCUCAGAAAUGUUUCUGUGGAUCUGCAAACUGUAGAGGCUACCUCGGAGGAGAGAACCGCGUCAGCGUGCGAGCAGCGGGGGGCAAGAUGAAGAAAGAAAGGUCCCGCAAGAAGGAUUCUUUUCCUCUCUCUGCUGUGAUUCAGGUGGACGGAGAGCUGGAGGCUCUGCUGGAGAAUGGAGAAGGCCUGUCGGACAAAAACCAGGUGCUCAGCCUAUCGCGGCUCAUGGUCCGAACCGAGACAUUGGAGCAGAAGCUCACGUGCCUGAAGCUGAUCAGGAACACGCAGUCGCAGUCCUGUCUCAAGUCUUUCCUGGAGGGUCACGGACUGUCACUCCUGUGGAUCUGGAUGGCGGAACUUGGGGACAACCAGGGGAACACAAGUAACAGCAUCAAACUGCAGCUGGAGAUCAUUAAGGCGCUGGAAAUGCUUCCGAUCCCCAAUAAAAACAUGCUGGAGGAGAGCAAGAUUCUUCCCAUCAUCCAGCGGUGGGCCCAGACAAAAACGGCCAUACCACAGCUGAGCGAGGGAGACGGCUACUCCAGUGAGAACACCUCCCGCGCCCACACCCCGCUCAAUACUCCCGCCAACACCCCCGACCCUGCAGCCAAGCUGAAUGUGGAAAUAGAAGGCGAGACCCCCAAAAAGCUGGUGCUGCGGAGACUGAAGAUCAUCAGUGAGAACAGCAUGGACAGCGCAGCGUCUGACCCCGCCAGCGAGGUCGAGAUAAAGGAAACCCCGGCAAAACCAGAGGUACAGGCCACCGACGAGCAGCAGUCCAAAGAUGAUGUGAAAGCAGGCGAGGCCCCACCAGCACCGCCAGAGGAGCAGCCACCUCAAGCCGUCAAGACUGAGGACGAGCCGUCAGCUGACGGCAGCAAGGAUUCCACAACCGGCAUGGACUCCUCCGAGCCCAAGGACACAACCAGCACCAAGGCAGAGGAGACCCCGUCUCAAGAUGAGGAGGAAGGGGUAUCUGAUGUGGAGAGCGAGAGGAGUCAGGAACAGACGGACAAGAUGCUGGAUAUGAGCGAACUGGCCACCAAGCUCCUGGACGCGUGGAAGGAUCUGAAGGAAGUUUAUCGGAUCCCGAAGAAAUCUCAAGUGGAGAAGGAAAACAAUGACCGCUGGAGAGACCCUUCUGGUGGAGGUUACCAGACCCCGACCACCAAGAACCCGGGCAGAGAGAGGGACUCCGAGAAGCAGAAGAAGCGCAAGAAAUCUCCCUCACCACCAUCCUUCUAUGAACGCAGCACAAAGAGGGGGGAGGAAAGGUAUGACACUCCGGUAUCCUCUAAGAAGAAAGGUCGGCCGCAGGACCGGAACAAGCUGUCCACGGAGGAGCGGCGGAAGCUGUUUGAGCAGGAGGUGGCACAGAGGGAGGCGCAGAAGCAGCAGCAACAGAUGCAGAAUGUUGGCAUCACGUCCCCGGUGCCCUAUGACUCCAUGUCUUAUGGGACCCAGAUCCCCCCACCCUUCAUCACCUACCCGCAGGGUUACCCGAUCCAGUCCUUUGUUGACCCCACAAACCCUAAUGUGGGUAAAGUCCUGUUGCCCACUCCGCCCCCCCUGGAGUCCGUUAACUCCCCCAACAGCUACGACCCUUCCCAGGGCAUGGUGGUAAAUCCGGCAAUGCUCACCCCCCAGGCGGUCCCGGUCGUCCAGCACGUGCCGGCCCCUAUGGACGUCCCCACGCAGCAGUAUGUAGCCCAACCCGAGCCAAUGGCCCCUCCAGACCCCAAUGUGACUGUCAUGUCGGUGCCCGCCCCCAGCUCUGUACCGCCUCAGACCUAUGGCAUCUGGGAUGCCAACCAGCAAGCAGUGGUAGUGCCGCAGCAUCAGGCUCAGCCUCAGUACCCCACAGCCCCUGCCCAGCCUGCCAUCUACUACCCAGGACAGGCCUGCCCGGCCAUGUAUGGAGUGCCUGCCACAUACCCACAGACCGCACAACCCAUGGUACAGCAGAGUUACCCGCAGCCCGGACUGCAGUACAUGCCGGGUCAGCAGAUGUACGCGCCGCACCCACAAGGGGUCGUCGUCCAGCAGGCGCCUCCUGUGGCAGCUAUUGUACCCCCCGGGCAGCCGCCGCCACUGCAGCAGCCUGAGAUGGGCCUCGGCCCCAACAACAUCAUGGACCUCCCUCCUCCUUCUCCUCCCAAGCCGAAAACCAUCGUCCUUCCUCCCAGCUGGAAGACCGCCCGGGACCCCGAGGGCAAAAUCUAUUAUUACCAUGUAAUAACCAGACAGACGCAGUGGGAUCCGCCGUCCUGGGACAGCCCCGGAGACGAGGGCUCCAUCAUGGACCAUGAGGCCGAGAUGGACCUGGGCACGCCGACCUAUGAUGAGAACCCAAUGAAGUCUUCCAAAAAAGCAAAAACGGCUGAAGCAGACACCUCGAGUGAGCUGGCGAAGAGGAGCAAAGAAGUCUUCAGGAAGGAGAUGUCGCAGUUCAUCGUGCAGUGUCUGAACCCGUACCGGAAGCCGGACUGUAAGAUCGGCAGGAUCAACGCCACGGAGGAUUUCAAGCAUCUGGCACGGAAGCUGACACACGGCGUCAUGAACAAGGAGCUGAAAUACUGCAAGAACCCCGAGGACCUCGAUUGCAACGAGAACGUCAAGCAUAAAACCAAGGAAUACAUCAAGAAGUACAUGCAGAAGUUUGGCUCCAUCUAUAAGCCCAAAGAGGAUGUGGACUUUGAAUAGCGCCCUCUGAAGGCCGAGCUGCAAACCACACCCCCAGUAACCAGGACCCGCCCCCCUCAUUAAAUCAGACUGCACAUUUCACAUGAUGGACUGUGACAUUAAUUCAGAGCCCCUCCCCCUUCACUGGGUCGUAGAAGAGGAUUUGAGUGAAAGCCACUCUGGGCCUAGCUUUUUCAAAUGGCGCUUCCUCGUCCUCUCCCUACGACCGGCGCCUUUCUGACGUGUACAGCGCAAUAAAUUGUGAAGUUUUUUUUUUUGGGUUUUUUUGUUUUGUUUUUUUACUCAUUACUCCCACCAUGGACCUGUAUUAUAUUUUAUCAUACCUGUGAAUAUAAUGUUAUAUAUUUUUGUUUCAUAGUCCAGGAAGCCCCUAAACGAGGACUACGAGCGCCAUCAUCCACCACGCCCCUGUAAAUAUCCGACCACUCCUCACUAGUUGUCUCAUCCGCAGGGUUUUUCUAAUUAUUUUUCCCGUUUGUGCAUUUACCGCCGUGUUUUCUGUUUUUGUUAGGCAGAAUUGUGCAUUAAUGAUUGUUUUGUUUUUUAUUGUACUGCCGAUUAUCAUUUUACUUCAAAUUUUUACUGAAUUUUUUAUGUAUAAAAGAAAAAAAAAAGAAUAAAAUGCAUUUGCCUACAUGGA